AGCCGCGUGUAAAAAUUAAAAAAAAAAAAACAACGCUUAGGAAACGCAAACACACAACUUUGGUCGUGCAGAGUAAACAGACGCAGCUAAAACUAAACAAAAAGUUAAAUAAACUUUAGUUAUUGCAAAGGAGAGAAUACCGUCACCGAGGACUUAGAGCAAAUUAUGGCAAGGCAAAGGAUCUUUCGAUGGCUUUAUCUGUUUAUUUGCAUGAUUGCGUGCCAAGCGGAAACAAAAUCAGAUAAUAACAAUUGCCAACAACAGAUAGACGAUCAAUUGGAUACCAGCAAGGCGCAAUGCGAAAACUUCUAUGAAUAUGCCUGUGGUAAUUGGUAUGUAUCCCGUGAACUGCGCACUUUGGGUGCCUAUGAUAUGCGUACACAGAUGAGAGCACUCAAUAGGCAGCUAAUAGUUAGAUAUUUCGAGAGGCAGCAGCUGCAGGAAAAUCCGGCGGAAAAACCGGAUGAGCAUCAACAGUUGGUUAAAUUCUAUGCUAGUUGCCUCGCCGGACGUCAAUCAUUGCGCGUCUAUACGGAUGCUUUAAAGCAACUGCCCCUUAUUGAAUGGCCGAUUUUUCUCCUGGCCAAUCAAUCAUCAACAUUGUCAACGGGAAACCAUUUCGAUUGGGCCAGAGCCAAUGCUGGCUUACGGGGCUACGGAGCCCAGGGUCUGUGGCGCCUAGUGGUUCAGGCCAAUUGGCAGGCCUCCGAGCAACAGAUUCUCUAUAUGCUCGCACCCACAUUCGAUCGACUGUCCGAUGAGGAGUCCGAGUUUCUGCAUCAAAGAUAUUUAAAAUAUUUACUCCUCGAGUUGGGUCUCAAGGUGCGCAGAGCUGCCUCUCUAGCCGAACAACUGGUAAAUUUCGAGCGACAAUUACGAAGACUCGUUUUGGACAACAAUGACCAGACGGAAGCCGAUCAGUCUUUGGUGCUGCGCGAACCGCAAAUGUUGCGGCAAUUGUUGAUCCAGCUGCCUCAGUUGCGUUUGCAAGAAUAUUUCGAUUCUUUACUUGAACAACAGGCGCAUGGUGAAAUAUUGAUUGUGGCUGAUAUGCAUUACCUCAAAGGACUCCAACGUUUGCUACGUUCUGCGGAUCAAUUUAUAAUGUCUACUUGGAUGCUUCUGCAAUUGCCUAUACAUUUUGAGUUGCACUCACAUGAGGAUGCCACAUUGAGUCAACAGCGAAUGCAAUGCCUGGACAAGGUGAAUCAUUUAUUGCCACGCCAAUUGGCUCAUUUGCAAUAUUCACUGUACCAUCAAGAACUGAAGGCAGAUGGAGUGGAAGAUGCUCAUGCAGUAAUGAUGCAUCGUGUGCAGCAACUUUUCAUCAAUCUCAAACUGCAGUUCGAGCGUCUACUGAACGAAACAACUAUAUUUGAUAGAGAUUUAGUUACCCAAAAUAGGGCCAGAGACAAGUUGCGAGCCAUGCGUCUGAUCCAGCCCUGGUCAGAAGAUCCUAGACACAGAGUACCACCAUCAUCUUCCGCCGACACCGGUGGCAGUCAUUUCCUACCACUCAGCAGCAACUAUGAUGAGAAUCUACUGAGCUUAUCAAAACGCGAGACUCUUUUGCAGUUUCGUGAGGUUCUAGAUUGUGUUCAUUUACCCUGCAUUGUUUCCAGUUCCAGUACCAGCGCCAACUCCAUAUCAUCCGGGCCAUUAGAUGUUAAUGCCUAUUAUCGUCUUAGUCUUAAUGCCAUAGUUUUGCCAAUGGGUCUACUUCGCUCCCCAUUGAUUGACAAUUGCGCCCCUAUUGACGCAGGCUUGGGCUAUAUACUGGCCCAUGAGAUGAUUCAUGCUUUCGACUAUGAUGGCAUCAAUUAUGAUGCCGAUGGUAGCUUGGCUAACGGCCAAUGGCCAGCUAGAGCCAUUAUACGGUUCGGUUUGCGUGCCGGAUGCUAUCUGGGCACAAGAUACAGCAAUGCUACAUUGACCAUUAACGAGAAUAUUGCGGAUAGUGAGGGUUUGCGUCUAGCCUUUGAGACAUAUCGACACAGAUACCAGCAAUUAGUGGAGCAGCAGCAGCAGGGACAGCAACAGAAAAACCAAUUCGCUAGUACAACCUUUCUGGACCAAAAAUUCUUCAUCAAGUUUGCCCAAAAUUGGUGCGGACAGGCGGCAGGUAGCUCCUCCUCUAUAGGUACACAAUUGCAUGCCUCGCAUCGGGAACGUGUCAACAAUGUGCUUGGUAACUUUCCCGAAUUCGCUGAAGCCUUUCAAUGCAAAGUGGGAAGUGCUAUGGAUCCAAGAGAUAAAUGUCGCAUUUGGUAGGCAGACUGAAAAAGAGCCUCACGAUUAGGGUGAAGAAGUCAAUUAUUCAAGAUAUGAAUCAACCAAUUACUUUACAAAUACAUCAAUAGAGAGGCAAUAAUAUAAAAAAAAAAAUCAGAUAAAAAUAAAAAAAAAUUUUCUUAUCUAUGCCAAAAA